UGUCAACCAAUACUACUAACUUAGUACUGAUUUUAUUAGUUACUCCUAUAUGAUAAUCUUGGAAGCCAUUCAUAGUACCGAGAGCCAUUCACAAUAUUCAGUUUCUUGGACACUAAUCUGCACGCAUGGCCAUCGGCCCUUUUCUCUUCUCGGCCUUGGUGCUUCUGCCAGUUGUUUCCGCCCACGCAUCAUGUAACACUGUCGAUGACGGAUAUACUUGUUUCCCCCAUGUCGCCCGCAACUGGGGCCAAUAUGCGCCGUACUUUUCCCUCGCCUCUCAGUCUCAAAUCUCACCAGCUGUACCCGAAGGCUGCCAGAUCACUUUUGUACAAUCCUUAAGCCGUCAUGGAGCUCGCUAUCCCACCUCUUCCAAAAACAAGGUCUACAAAGCCCUAGUCCAGAACAUCCAAGAAAACGCCACCGCUUUUAAUGGCGAGUAUACGUUCUUAAAAAACUACACUUAUUCGUUUAGUUCUGACAACCUGACUGCCUUUGGUGAAUUGGAAAUGUAUGAUUCUGGUGUCAAGUUUUAUAAUCGCUAUGAGUCGCUUGCUAGGUUCAAUGUUCCCUUCAUUCGUUCCUCGGGCUCUGCUCGGGUUGUGGCAUCUAGCCAGCAAUUUAUUGCUGGGUUUCAAGCAACUAAGAAAAAUGAUAGACACGCAAACCAUGCCCAAGUUGGUCCUGUCAUUAACGUCAUUCUCGAAGAAACCUCUUCAUUCAACAACAGUCUCGACCCCGACACCUGCACAAGAUUUGAGAAUAGUGAAGUGGGCGACGACGCACAAGCCACAUUUGCAAACAUCUUUGUCCCUGCCAUCCUGAAACGCGUCCAGACACAUCUUCCGGGAGUGACACUUAAUAUUAACGAAGUUAUUUACCUAAUGGAUCUCUGCUCCUUCGACACCGUCGCAAAGACAACAGACGCUAGUCAAUUGUCACCGUUCUGCGAUCUUUUUAGCCAUAAGGAAUGGGUGCAAUAUAACUAUUACCAAUCCCUAGGGAAAUACUACGGCUAUGGCGGCGGAAAUCCUUUGGGACCUGCCCAAGGAAUCGGUUUCACAAACGAAUUAAUCGCUCGACUAACACGCACUCCCGUGCACGACCACACCUCCACCAAUACCACGCUCGACUCACAGCCUUCGACCUUCCCGCUCAACGCAACCUUGUACGCCGAGUUUUCACAUGACAAUGGCCUAACCCCGAUUUUCUUUGCCAUGGGCCUUUACAAUGGCACUAAGCUCUUGUCAGAGACAGAAGUUGAGUCUAUUGAGGAAACAGAUGGGUAUUCAGCUGCAUGGAGUGUGCCGUUCUCGGCGCGUGCAUAUGUUGAAAUGAUGACUUGUAGGGGUACGAAAGAACCGCUCGUCAGGGUUUUGGUUAAUGACCGAGUUGUUCCAUUGCGUGGCUGUGAUGUGGAUCAUCUUGGGCGGUGUACGAGGGAAGGGUUUGUUAGGGGGUUGGGGUUUGCAAGGGAUGGCGGAAACUGGGGCAGUUGCUUUACCUGAUUCCAAUCAGAGGCUAUUCUAAAUAAAGAAUAAAU